CUACAUCUGCACUUCUCCCUUGUCGCAAUAUCAUCGACGCCAUCACCGUAUCCUCCCCGACUCGACCUACGAAUCCAUCUGGGAAUCGAAUCCUAUUUCCCACUGCGAGCCCCGACCUCAUCAUGAUUUCCGAAAUUGGCCCUCCGAUGGCGCUCGAGCUGCAGGAUGGGUACAUGUGUCAGGGGACCAGCUUCGGCGCUGAGAAGAGCAUCGCCGGCGAGCUGGUUUUCCAGACCGGCAUGGUCGGCUACCCUGAGGCCUUGACCGACCCCUCAUAUCGAGGCCAAAUCCUGGUCAUUACCUUUCCUCUGGUGGGCAACUACGGAGUGCCAUCCCGCGAAGAUCAAGACGCCCUCCUCGACUCCAUACCAGCCUAUUUCGAAUCCUCGGAGAUCCAUAUUGCGGGAUUGGUGGUGUCUUCAUAUGCCGGCGAGCAAUUCUCCCAUCACCUGGCACACUCGAGCUUGGGAACAUGGCUCAAAGAGCAUGGGGUCCCUGCGGUCACGGGCGUGGAUACCCGAGCACUCACGAAACGGAUCCGAGAAGAGGGUAGCAUGUUGGGAAGAUUGCUGAUCGCGAAAUCUUCACCCCAUGGAGCCGAUGCAGAACUGGACGAUCAUCUCAACAGGGAUUCUACACCUCUAUCAUCGAACGGCGAUGAGACGGAGCAUUGGCGCACGGGGUUCGAGACCCUACCUUGGGAUGAUCCCAACAAGAGGAACUUGGUUGCUGAAGUGUCCAUAAAGGAACCAAAGUUAUUCUCCCCGCCCUCCGAUGAUGCGUUGAAGCAUCAAGGGCGCAAUGUUCGUGUGAUAUGCGUCGAUGUAGGAUUGAAGUACAAUCAAAUCCGAUGCCUGGUGAAGCGCGGCCUCGAGGUCAAAGUUGUCCCAUGGGACUAUGACUUCUCCUUAGAGCAGUUCGAUGGACUCUUCAUUUCGAAUGGACCGGGUGACCCUGCCAUGAUGGAGGGUACCGUCAAGCGUAUUGCGCAAGCCAUGGAACUGGCCAAAGCGCCGAUUUUUGGCAUCUGCUUAGGCCACCAGCUCCUUGCUCGCGCAGCAGGUGCCAAGACUACGAAGAUGAAGUUUGGAAACCGUGGUCACAACAUUCCAUGCACCAGCUUGCUCUCCGGAAGGUGUUAUAUCACCUCGCAAAACCAUGGAUACGCCGUAGAUACCGAGUCCUUGACGGGCGGGUGGGAAGAGCUAUUCGUCAAUGCGAACGACGGUAGCAAUGAAGGGAUCCGGCAUGUCAACCGCCCGUUCUUCUCAGUCCAAUUCCACCCGGAACAUGCCGCUGGCCCUCAGGAUACCGAGGAUCUCUUCGAUGUGUUUGUCAACGCCAUUACCCAAUGUCUCGCCGAUAAAUCAGCGUUGUCCAAGUCGGUCGAGUUCCCCGGACUCACGCUCCAGGAGAACGAGAAGCUCCACCCUAGAGUGGAGGUGAAGAAAGUUCUCGUCCUCGGCAGUGGAGGGUUGAGCAUUGGACAAGCUGGCGAAUUCGAUUAUUCCGGAAGCCAGGCGAUCAAGGCGCUCAAAGAGGAGGGCAUCUACACCAUCCUGAUCAAUCCGAACAUUGCCACGAUUCAGACCUCCCGAGGCUUGGCAGACAAAGUCUACUUCCUCCCGGUCAACGCCGAUUUUGUUCGCAAAGUAAUCAAAUACGAGCAUCCUGAUGCCAUCUAUGUCACCUUUGGUGGCCAGACAGCGCUGCAAGUGGGAAUCCAAUUGAAGGAUGAGUUCGAGGAACUUGGAGUCAAAGUUCUCGGCACGACCAUCGAUACCAUCAUCACGACCGAGGAUCGGGAGUUGUUUGCUCGAAGUAUGGAGUCCAUUGGCGAGAAAUGCGCGAAGUCGGCAUCGGCCAGUAAUACCGACGAGGCCUUACUAGCGGUCCAAGACAUCGGAUAUCCGGUGAUCGUCAGAGCUGCCUAUGCACUGGGCGGAUUAGGAAGCGGCUUUGCCGAGAACAAAGAGCAACUCGUGGACCUGUGCGAUCGUGCAUUCGCUGCAAGCCCGCAAGUCCUCAUCGAACGCAGCAUGAAAGGCUGGAAAGAGAUCGAAUACGAGGUGGUUCGAGAUGCUCGAGACAAUUGCAUCACAGUGUGCAACAUGGAGAACUUCGAUCCCUUGGGAAUUCACACGGGCGAUUCUAUUGUCGUUGCCCCGUCUCAGACCUUGUCAGAUGCUGACUACAACAUGCUGAGAACGACCGCUGUCAACGUGAUCCGGCAUCUUGGUGUGGUUGGAGAAUGCAAUAUCCAGUAUGCCCUGAACCCUGAUUCGAGGGAGUACUGCAUCAUUGAAGUCAAUGCCCGGUUGUCCCGUUCAUCCGCACUCGCAUCGAAAGCCACGGGAUAUCCUCUUGCAUUCAUUGCGGCCAAGCUCGGAUUGGGCAUUCCAUUGAACGAAAUAUCCAACUCGGUGACGAAAGUCACAUGCGCCUGCUUCGAACCGUCGCUCGAUUACGUGGUGGUCAAGAUUCCUCGAUGGGACUUGAAGAAAUUCACUCGGGUGUCCACUCUCCUUGGAUCCUCGAUGAAGAGCGUGGGUGAAGUUAUGAGCAUCGGUCGAACCUUUGAGGAAGCCAUCCAGAAGGCGAUCCGUGCUAUUGAUGGCCACAAUCUAGGAUUCAAUGAAACCAGCGCCCUGAUGAGCAUAGACCAAGAGCUCCAGACCCCAUCCGAUCAACGCCUCUUUGCCAUUGCCAACGCGAUGCAUUCUGGCUAUUCGGUGGACAAGAUCUGGGAGAUGACCAAGAUUGACAAAUGGUUCCUGAGCAAACUGCAGGGUCUCAGCGACUUCGCGAAAUUUAUGUGCAAGUUCAACUCGAAGACGAUUUCGCCCAACACUUUCCGCCAGGCCAAAGAGCUCGGAUUCUCCGACCGACAACUGGCCAAAUUCUGGUCUUCAACUGAACUUGAAGUCCGACGCGCCCGGCUGGACUAUGCAAUAACUCCCGUUGUCAAGCAAAUCGAUACCGUCGCUGCAGAAUUCCCGGCCCAAACCAACUAUCUUUACCUCACGUACAACGGAACGGAGAACGAUGUUCAAUUCACUGACCGUGGCAUCAUGGUGCUUGGGUCGGGUGUCUAUCGAAUUGGAUCCUCAGUCGAAUUCGAUUGGUGCUCGGUGAGAGCGAUCCGCACGCUUCGUGAACAAGGAUUCAAGACGGUCAUGGUCAACUACAACCCCGAAACCGUCAGCACCGAUUAUGACGAAGCCGAUCGAUUGUACUUUGAAAAUAUUACACUCGAGUCGAUCCUGGACAUAUACGAGCUGGAGAACUCGAGCGGAGUCAUCCUUUCCAUGGGAGGCCAAACGCCAAACAACAUUGCUCUUCCGCUACAUCGCCAGAACUGUCGCAUUCUCGGCACGUCCCCGGAGAUGAUCGAUACCGCUGAAAAUCGGUACAAGUUCUCUCGCAUGCUUGAUCGGAUUGAUGUCGAUCAACCGGCAUGGAAGGAACUAACCAGCAUUGAUGAAGCCAAGGAUUUCUGUAACAUGGUGUCCUAUCCUGUGUUGGUCCGACCUUCUUACGUCCUGUCUGGUGCAGCGAUGAAUACGGUAUAUUCCGAACACGGCCUCGCGAACUACCUUCAACAAGCCGCCGAUGUAUCAAGAGAUCAUCCGGUUGUGAUCACGAAGUACAUUGAGAAUGCCAAAGAGAUCGAGAUGGACGCCGUUGCGCGAAAUGGAACCAUGGUUGGCCAUUUCAUCUCCGAGCACGUUGAGAACGCUGGAGUCCACUCCGGAGAUGCGACUCUGAUUCUUCCACCGCAAGAUCUGGACCCAGAAACGGUGAGGCAGAUCGAAGACGCCACGAGGAAGAUCGGAAACGCUCUGAAUAUUACGGGACCUUUCAACAUUCAGUUCAUCGCGAAGAACAACGAGAUCAAAGUCAUCGAGUGCAAUGUGCGCGCCUCAAGGUCAUUCCCCUUCGUUUCGAAAGUGAUGGGGGUCGAUCUCAUCGAAAUGGCUACGAAGGCCAUGGCGGGUCUGCCACUGGUUGAGUAUCCGCCUGUCAACCUUCCGCCGGACUAUGUCGGUGUAAAAGUCCCGCAGUUUUCGUUCUCUCGACUGUCAGGUGCCGAUCCUGUUCUGGGUGUGGAGAUGGCAUCCACAGGUGAAGUUGCGAGCUUUGGUCGAACCAAAUACGAAGCGUAUCUCAAGGCGCUUAUCUCCACAGGAUUCAAGCUUCCGGAAAAGAAUAUUCUGCUGUCGAUCGGAUCGUUCAAGGACAAAGUGGAACUGCUACCAUCCAUUGAGAGUCUGCACAAGAUGGGCUACACAUUGUUUGCGACGGCCGGAACCGCCGAUUUCAUUGCUGAACACGGAAUUCCCGUCCGAUUCCUCGAAGUCCUUGGAGGACAUGAUGCGGACCAGAAACCGGAAUAUUCGCUGAUGCAGCAUCUUGCCAAUAACCUCGUGGAUCUAUACAUCAACUUGCCUUCCAAUAACAAGUUCCGGCGACCGGCAAGUUACAUGAGCAGAGGCUAUCGAACCCGGCGGAUGGCUGUCGACUACCAGACACCUCUCGUGACCAAUGUGAAAAACGCGAAGAUUCUGAUCGAGGCAUUGGCCAGACACUAUGAUCUGGCGAUUAGCAAAGUCGACUUCCAGGAAUUCAAUCCGGCCCCGACAACAGAGACGAUCAUGACACCACCGCUUCUCACCAAGCAGGUCUCAUCUCCGUCCCUCUCACAGCUUCUUGCCAAGUCGAACUUCCGACAAAAGAAUAUCAUCUCCGUCAACCAGUUCACUCGCGCAGACCUACAUCAACUUUUCACAGUUGCUCAAGAGAUGCGAAUCGGGGCGUUACGAGACGGUUGCCUCGAUGUCCUCAAGGGUCGAGUUCUAUGCACCAUCUUCUACGAACCCAGCACCCGCACAUCCGCGUCAUUCGAUGCUGCCAUGAAACGGCUUGGAGGUGAAGUCGUCGUCCUCCACGAGAUCGCAUCCAGCACCAACAAAGGCGAGAGCAUAUCCGAUACGAUUCGCACGUUGGGAUGCUAUGGUGAUGCGAUUGUUCUGCGACAUCCUGACGAGACCAGUGUUCAUACCGCCGCCCAAUUUUCCACGGUACCCAUCAUCAAUGCCGGCAACGGUAGCAAGGAGCACCCAACUCAAGCCCUCCUGGACAUCUUUACGAUCCGUGAGGAGCUUGGAACCGUGAACGGACUCACCAUCACCUUUGUUGGCGAUCUGAAAUAUGGUCGUACGGUGCAUUCACUCUGCGAACUCCUGAAGCACUACUCGGUGUCUGUUCAACUUGUCUCACCACCGGAGCUCUCCCUUCCAGCUUCCGUCCGCGAAAAUCUCGUAUCUCGUGGACAGCUGGCGGGUGAAUACACGGAGCUGAGCCCUUCGGUCAUCGCUGAAAGUGAUGUGCUGUAUUGCACGCGCGUGCAGAAAGAGCGCUUCGAAGAUCCGGAGGUCUACAACAAGGUCAAAGAUGCAUUGGUUGUGGACAACAGUGUGCUCAAGCACGCAAAACCCAAUAUGAUCGUCAUGCAUCCGUUACCGCGUAAUCGGGAGAUCGCCGAGGAAGUCGAUUUUGAUCCGAGGGCAGCAUAUUUCAGACAGAUGCGAUAUGGUCUCUACUGUCGGAUGGCAUUGUUGGCCUUGAUUCUAGUGCCAUGAAAAGUUACAAUGAAAGGUUUCAGCGCAUAAUUGUAGAAUCGUUAGUGUGGAUAUACUUAGUCAUGGCCCGAGAAU